AUGGAGAAAUUUGGGUUCGUGGAAUCAAAACGUCUAGAUUUCAAUACGGCUAUCUCCAUCCUUGGUUCACACAUUCACCUCGACAUUUCUCCUCAAUCCGAGUUGGCAACCACUUUUGUUUCGUAUUAUAUGCAUUUGAUGAUUGGGGAGACUAUAGCGCAAUUGUUUCUACUAAUUGUGUGGGAUAACAUGCAUCCGCUCGCUCAUCUGCUUGAGCGUCAAGUUUGUGAAGCCAAUGAGGAUUUAUGA